AUAAACUGCCAGCCACACGUUUUACUAUGAGCAAGAAAGUCAAAAAGAAGUUUAGUUGGCAUGAGCUCGAGCGUUUUCCAACAUUUCAUGCGCACACCAAGCUUAAGCCCAAAGAGCAGCAGCAGCAGCAGCAAGUGACAGAGCCGGCGCCAGUUGAAGAGUCGCGCGUCGCUGCCAGCGAAUUGUUUGAGCUAUGGACGCUGCUGCUUUGGUGGGAAUGCAAUCAAAUAGUUGCAGCUCAAUUGAAAGCAGCGCGUCGCACGCAAGCGACACAAACUGAAGCCAUUUGGUCAAUCAGCAUUGUUAACUGUUUAAUUUGGCUACUGCAAGCGACACAAACUGCUUGGCGCAAGCUCAAGCAACUCAUCUAUAGACUGCUAACCAUUUUGCUAAUUACACUUUUACUGCUAAUAUUAUUGCUGCCAAAGCAAAAUGUGCGGCAAGCGCUGUUAACGCUUUUAAAUUGUUAGAAAUUCAAGUAAAAAUUCAAGCUCUUUUGCUUCAAAGUUAA